UUUACAUGUGUUUACUCUGAUGCAAGUGGACGCGCUUGGCCUGGACGCUUAUCCACCUGGUGUGCAUGAAGACUUCUGGUUUGGGGAACUCCAGCCUCGCGUAUCCUCCAUCUUUCGUUUCGUGGUUUAUUCUCCCACCGGCUGGUCAGCGCUCAGCAGACGCAUUUCUGCUAACCCAAUUGCGCAUUUACACCGACCAUCUCAGACAUGUGGUUUGAGUGGUCCGACUGGAAUCCGCCCGCAGUGCAUCAUGGUCCCGUGAAACCUGAAUCGUUAGAAACACAUGCUCAUGCACGGUGAACAGGCCCCAGUCGGACUCCUCCAGUUUGGCUCAGUUUCAGGUUCUCCCAGCUCAAGGCCACAGCAUCAGUUUUAAAUCCAGGUUCAGUCCAAAUAAGUGACAUAUUUCUCAGGAUUCCUAACCAGCAGGCUUCUACUGGCCAACUGUUCAGAGCUGUAGGAAUAUUAUUUAGUUCACCACGAUCUUCAACACUGUUUCUCCUUACUGUAGCGAUUGUAUUUUCUCUGGCACCCAAGGAAAAGAUGUGUCAACCACUUUGUCUGCUUCCUGGUGAUAAACCCGUAAAAAUUCAGGCUUUACGACUCGACAAGGACCUGCCAACAUUUGUCAGCACUCCAACCUAGUUAGGUCAGCUGGUGCCUUCAUGCUGGCUAGGAUGGCAGGUCGCUCCGUGGCUCUCUCUGUGCUGGUGCUAGCUUCCAGCGGCCUUGUUUUUAAGGCGGAUGACGACAUUAAGUUAGAUGAAGUAGCAGCCAGUGUCAUUUCUGACUUUGUGACGUCGGCCGAAUUCGGCAUAACGCGCUCGGUUUGCAAACCCGUGCCGAGCACGAUGGGCUUGUGCCACGGAAUCGGGUACGAGGCCCUGAGGCUGCCCAACCUCCUGGGUCACGACAGCGUGAAGGAGGCGCAGCAGCAAGCCGCAGCAUGGAUACCAUUGGUGAGCAAACGCUGCCACAGUGACACCAGGAAGUUCCUCUGCUCCCUUUUCGCUCCCGCAUGCCUGGAGGAGCUCUCGGCAGCUGUGCCUCCAUGCCGAAGCCUCUGCGCCGCCGUGCGGGAUGGGUGCCUCCCGGUGAUGAGUGCCUUUGGGUUCCCAUGGCCAGAGGCAUUCAACUGUAGCCGCUUUCCAGCCAGAGAGGAGUUGUGCAUCCCAGGAGCUGAAGACGCAGGACGUGUGGAGGUUACAGAGAAGGACAGAGGUAUCGUGUUAUGUGAUGCCUGCAGCCCAGCAUCAGAAGGAGAACGUGACAUCCAGAAGAACUUCUGCAGCAGUCAGUUCGCUUUCAGGCUUCAGAUGGGCUCCUCAACUCUGGAGGGGGUGGAUCUGCGUGUGGUGCCUCAGGGGAGGAGCCGUAUCCUCCGUUGGGAGGGCAGUGAGCAGGAGCAGCAGACUGCGAUGCAGCAAAGCAUCCUCUGGCUACCAGAGGCUACAAACUGUUCCUGCCAAGCACUAGAAGGACAAGUGGUGGGACCCUUGCUGGCCCUGGGGAACAUGCAGGAUGGACGAAUGGUUCUCUUCAGACUUAUGAAGUGGUCUCGCAAUGAGAAAGAGCUGAAAAAGUUCAUUAGGAAACUGACCAGACAGCCAUGCUGAGGUCACUGCUAAUGAAUUUAACUUUUUAAUUACUUUUCCACUUUUAUAAUAUCAUUUCUUAGUGCUGUCGCAUUUAUUUUAACACGUAAAGAGCAAAAGCUGACAUUAAAAUCCUCUGUUUAAAUUCCGUGUAACAUUAUGAAUAGAAGCGUCCUUCAUACAUGAGACGACUUUCGCUAUUACUGUAGUGAAACUACUGAAUAAUAAGCAUUUCCACAGCGAUGUGAGUUGCACUGAACGACUGAGCGCAUUCCACGUGUUGGUCCAUGCUACUUCAUUGUGUAUAUUCACUACCAUUGUGGAUAUGGACGCUGACCAACCACUUUAGAGGCAGAUCUGAAUCACUGAUAAGGCAUUAGUUAAGCCAGGUUUAAGCAAAUGAGCUACGCUGACUGCUCCCUGCUUAAUUUGGGUUAAAGUAUUUUUAAUGUAGUAUAAUGUAUAGAAGCAAACACAAACAUAAAGCCAUAACAUGAGCUUAGUGUACGGUUCUGUUACAUAGUGGGGUUGAUUUAUAUUCAAACAAAAAUUGAUGUUCAACCAAAUCUUAUUACAGGCAAAUGGUCUGUGUUGGUGGUCAUGCAUGCAGUGAAUCAUCAGUGAUUCUGAAGCUGUCGUUUUUUAAAACUUUUUCAUUAAA